CAUGCGCACACCUGAUUGGGCUAUCGAACAUGUCUGUGCCGGGAGUGACGGUUGGAAGUUUAUCACAUUCCAUGGGUGCUGCAGGCUCCAGCAGGAUAUUUCGAAACAGUGGAAGUGUUUGCGAGGUCCCAGAAGACUGGAGCGCAGUGAAUGUUGUGCCCUUAUUCAAGGAAGGCUGCAAAGAAAAACCCAGGAAAUAUCGACCCGUAAGCCAAACAUCUGUGAGAGACUCGGACUCUUCCAACAUUCCUCAGAUGUCAAGUCUUUUGUUCCUGGGAUCAUUUGCGUGAACCUCCUAUGGACCCGCUGCAGGCCCAGCACAUCCUUUCUGGGUUUCACAGGGUAUUUGAAGAGGAGAAUUUGUAGUGGGGAGACUUAAAAUCAAACAUCACCAGAGUCUGACAGUUGAUUGCAGCCUUAAUAUCAUUUGAUCUUGAACAUGGAAGGGAAAAGCACCAUUCACAGUGGGGAGAAACUGUCCAUGUGUUGUAUGUGUGGACAGGACUUCAGGUCAUUUGCCUUGUCGGAACAUAAAUACAGUGACAAUGGGGAAAGGCAAUCCGUCUGUUCCCAGUGUGGGAAAGGAUUCCCACCAUCAUCCACCCUGCUGAAACACCAGCAAGUUCACACCGAGGAGAGAUUGUUUAAAUGUUCAGAAUGUGGAAAGUGCUAUAAAAGUUCUGGCGCGCUGAAGUUGCAUCAACGUGUUCACACUGGUGAGAGACCCUUCAGUUGUUCUCGCUGUGGGUCUAGAUUCAAGCAAUCAUCUGAUCUCAUCGAACACCAGCGGAUCCACACUGGGGAGAGACCGUUCAGCUGCUCAGCAUGUGGAAAGACAUUCGCUCGAAAAUCUACCCUCCUGAAACACCAGCAAGUUCACACAGAGGAGAGACCUUUUAAAUGCCCAGACUGUGGGACGUGCUAUAAAAGAUCUGGGGACCUGAUGUUGCAUCAACGUGUUCACACUGAUGAGAGACCAUUCAGGUGCUCUCACUGUGGGACUGGGUUCAGGCGAUCAUUCCAACUCACUGUACACCAGCGAUCUCACACUGGGGAGAGGCCAUACACCUGCACUGAGUGUGGGAAGGGAUUUGCUCAGAAAUCCAACCUGCUGAAACACCAACAACUUCACACAGAGGAGAGACCUUUUGAAUGCCCAGACUGUGAGAAAUGUUUUAAACGAUCUGGGGACCUGAUGUCACAUCAACGUGUUCAUAGUGUCGAGAGACCGUUCAGAUGCUCUCACUGUGGGAGUGGAUUCAAGUGGUCAACCCAACUCACUGCACAUCAGCGAUCUCACACUGGGGAGAGACCAUACACCUGCACUGAGUGUGGGAAGGGAUUCACUGUGAAGUCCAGCCUGCUGAAACACCAGCGGUCUCAUGAGUGAUGACAGUGGCUGGUUUUUACUGUGAAUAUAUCCCUGUUUCGUAGUGUCCUUCCCUUUAUGCCAAAGGGUCUGUAUGACAUUGAAAUGUCACUUUGUGUUAAACAUACUGUAUCAAGUCUUUUUAAUAUCUCUAAUGUAUGUUAGUGCUCUUUCACAUUAUCUAUUUCUGACUGCAGGAAUUGGAUUUUGCUGUUAAUCUUAUCCAGGACAGAACCAUGUUUCCUGGGACCAUCUUCUGUUGGUCUGUAUAAAUUCCAACUUAAUUAUAGGUAUUAAUAAAGAGAUGAAAAUACAGUUACGUCAAGUUUGUGGUAAACUCACAGCCUGUUGAGGCUAUCUAAUGUGGGAGAAAGUGAGGACUGCAGAUGCUGGAGAUCAGAGCUGAAAAUGUAUUGCUGGAAAAGCGCAGCAGGUCAGGCAGCAUUCAAGGAGCAGGAGAAUCAACGUUUCGGACAUGAACCCUUCUUCAGGCUAUCUAAUGUCUUCACUUUCUUUUGUAGUGUUUGCCUAUUGUACCUCCUUCAUCUUCUAUGGAGCUUCUUUGUCAUUCAGUUUGAGACAAUCCAAUCACCUGCCUCUUCCAUGUCUCUCCUUUCUCUGAAACUGUCUCUAAAGUUCCACUUUGUCUGAGCCCUGGACAUGCAUUUUUCUCCAAUUCCUUUCCUACAUCCAGAGCUCCUUGCAUCCAUGAGACCCAUAUCAUAGUCCCAAAACACACUUUCCACUCAAUCACCGAAUAUCCAACCUGCCACUUAUUUUUGAGAGUGGCUCUUGUAAAGCUAUUUUCUUUUUAGGGUGGUUUUAAUAGAUCUUAAUGUCUAAUCCCCAUGGGGAAAGGGACAGACCAAGCAGCUCGAAGUUGGGCUAUUUUGUUCCCACAUUCAUGCCCUCUGAGACGGUGUAUUUGGCCAGUAGCCCAGGCAGCAACAGAUAGAAGGCAGCAGAAUCUCCCAGGAGGACAGGGUAUGCCAGCCAGUGCAGUGGACCAGGUGGGUGGCCUCGGUGGCCAGGCCCUUGAAGAUGUCACGCUCAAACGGAUUGAUUAUACUCAUGGCCUUGUCGGGAUGCCUGUUGGCUGAUGUUGUUAAUAGUUCUUGCUUUCAUGUGUUGCAGUUCCUCUCACCUGAAAUCCUCCUUUUGAAAUCAGACCUUGGCCUCAUCUCCAAACUCCCUUUCCUCCCCAAAGAUCUGGAACUUGGUGUCCCCAAGGAUCUAUCCCUGGCUCUUCCUGUUUUUAGUGACAUCAUCCAAAGCCAUUAUGUUAGUUUCACACAUCCACUGACAACACCCCAGCCCCACUUCUCUAUUCCUCUACUGUUGCUAAUUUAUCAGACUCUGUCUUCCAUAUUCUUGGAUAAAAAUUUAAAAACAUUGAAAAUUACCACUUAACUCUUGUGUCUGUCCUGCUGCAGGAGACCUGAGGGUGAAUCACAUUGUUCAUAAUCUGGGUCUUGUGUUCCACUACACUGAGCUCCUGACCAUAUUUACACAUCAUCCCAAACAUUGAACUGUUCAAGCUCCAGGAGAGUGCUCUGUUCUUAAUUCCCAUCGACUUCAACAGCUCCUUCAUGUCUUAGCCAGUCAAUGAUACAUUGAUGUGAAGGGUAGUUGGUCUCACUGCAUGUCUCCUAUUUAGCAUUUUGUCCAUUUUACACUAAUGCUGUAAUGAGAUUAAGAGCUGAGUUGCCCUGGUGGAACGCACAGCAUCAGUGAGGUGGUUAUUGCUGAGUGAAUAGUGCCUGAUAAGACUGUUACUGCUCCUUCCGUCACUUUGUUAAUGGAGAUGUCUGACAAGUGGGAGGCUGUCAAGAAUGUGAUGAUGAGCGUUCAGAGGCAUUAUGUUCCUGUUAGAGUGAAGGGUAAGGCUGGUAGGAUUAUGAAACAAUGGAUAAAGAUAUUGAGGUUCAAGUCAGGAAUAAAAAUAAUCUUAUUUUAGAUAUAGACAACUUGGUUCAAUUGAAUCUUUUAAUCAUUAUAAAGUGUGUAGGGGUAUUCUUAAGAAAGAGAUCAGGAAGGCAAAGAGAGGAUAUGAGAUAGCAUUGGCAGAUAAGGUUAAGGAUAAUCCAAAAACAUUCUACAAAUAUAUUGAGUAAAAUGGUGACAGAGAGAGGGUGGGGCCCCUUAAAGAGUAAAGAGGUCGUCUUUGUGUUGAACCCCAGGAGAUGGGAGAGAUAGUAAAUGACUAUUUGAUGUCAGUUUUUAUUGUGCAAAAAUAAAUGGAGAACGCAGAUAGAUAUAUUUUGAUGCUUUUUAACAUAGUUCACAUUACAGAAUAAAAAGUUGAGGAGAUCUUAGAGAAUAUAAAGGUAGAUAAAUAUCUGGGACCUGAUCAAAUAUAUCCCAGAAUGUGUCAUUAAGGGAAGAAACUGCAAAAACCCUUACAGAAAAAUUUGGGGUGGUCCAAUAGUUUGCGAUUUCACAUAAACCUGUUGGACUAUAACCAGGUGUCACAUAACUUUUGAAUCUAUAAAAAAACACAAAGAACAAUACAGUAUAGGAACAACUCCUACAGCCCUCGAAGCCUGCACCAACACAUUUUACCCUUCCAUACAAAAACAGUCUUCACUUACAGAAUUCGUAUCCCUCUAUUCCCUUCCUUUUUAUGUAUUUGUCCAGGUGCUUCUUGAAUGCUGCUAUAACUAUGGGUGAGAUGCCUGAGGGUGGCUAAUGUUAUACUUCAGUUCAAGAAAGGUUAUAACAAGAAACUGGGGAGUAUAGACUUGAGUCUGACUUCAGUUGUGAAUAAAUUAUUAGAGGUGAAUUUAUCGUCAUUUAGAAAGGCAAAAAUUGCUCAGAGAUUGUCAGCAUGGUUUUAUGAGAGGAAAAUUGUCUCAAUUUUUUGAGGAAGUUACCAAAAAGAUUGAGGGCAGAGCAAUGGCAUAGUGGUUCGUCUGGACAGAUUGUCUGUGAAGAGUUUGCACCUUCUUCUUAUGCCUGCAUGGGUUUCCUCCCACAGUCAAUAGAUGUGCAGGUAAGCUGGAUUGGCUAUGUUAAAUUGCCCGGAGUUUCCAGAGAGUGCGUGAUCUGAUGGAUUAGCCAUAGAAAUGCAGAGUUGGAGGGUAGGUGUGAUAUUCUUUGGAGGGUCAGUGUGGACUCAAUGGGCCAAAUGGCCUGUUUUCACACUGUUGGAAUUCUGCGAUUCUGCAUAAGGUAUAGUUAGUAAGUUUGCAGAUGACAUCAAAAUCUGUGGCAUAGUAGACAGCAAAGAAGGUUUUCUAAGAUUAGAUUAGAUUACUUACUGUGUGGAAACAGGCCCUUCGGCCCAAUAAGUCCACACCGACCCACCGAAGCGCAACCCACCCAUACCACUACAUUUACCCCUUCACCUAACACUAGGGUCAAUUUAGCGUGGUCAAUUUCGCGUGGCCAAUUCACCUGACCCGCACAUCUUUGGACUGUGGGAGGAAACCGGAGCACCCGGAGGAAACCCACGCAGACACGGGGAGAAGGUGCAAACUCCACACAGUCGGGAAUUGAACCCAGGUCUCAGGUGCUGUGAGGCAGCAGUGCUAAUCAUUGUGCCACCGUGGAUCUUUACCAAAUGGGUCAAUGCACUGAAAAAUGGCAGAUGGAAUCCAAUCUGAUAAUUGUAAGGUAUUGCAUUUUGGUAAAACAAACAAGGAUAGGACUUAUACAAUUAAUGGUUGGGUCUUGGAUUGUGUAAAACAGAGGGACCGAGUGGUUCAAGUCCAUAAUUUUUGCAAUUUGUGUCACGUGUACACAGGGUGGUUAAAAGUGUGUUGAGCACACUUGCCUUCAUUGCUUUGAGUACAGGAGUUGGGAAGUGAUAUUGAGAUUGUACAUGAUAAAGAAUUUAUAAAUAUAACGGUUAUAAAACAUAUCUAAAUAUAUUGAAGAACCCUAGAUUAUUAUUAAGUCUUUAAUCUGUAAGAGUGGAGAUGCAGGUUUCAAUUGAUAAUAUGUAAAUCCCAGAUUGUAUUUCAAGUCGUUGUCCCAAGAUAACCUAUCAGUAAAAAAUGACAGAGUCAUGGAGAUG